AGAGAGGGCGUGCACACACACACACACACACACACACCCACACCACAUACACCACAUACCGGUCUGACAUCGCAGAACAAGUGAACACACACACAGAGAGAGGGAGAGAGAGAGAGAGAGAGAGGGAGAGAAAGAGAGAUUCAGAGGAGCAGAAAGGGAAAAUAAAACGCACAGAAAAUAAAAGCGGAAGUUGUCGGUGUGUCGCGCGCAGGGAUCAUGUCGGUGCUUGCUUUACAAGAGUAUGAAUUUGAAAGGCAGUUCAACGAGGAUGAAGCCAUCCGAUGGAUGCAGGAGAACUGGAAGAAGUCGUUCCUGUUCUCGGCGCUCUACGCAGCCUGUAUCCUCGGCGGCCGGCAUGUGAUGAAGCAGAGGGAGAAGUUUGAACUGAGGAAACCGCUGGUGCUGUGGUCCUUAACACUCGCUGUGUUCAGUAUAUUCGGUGCCAUUCGCACGGGGAGCUACAUGACGUUCAUCCUGAUGACUAAAGGCCUGAAGCAGAGUGUGUGUGAUCAGAGUUUCUAUAACGGACCCGUCAGCAAGUUCUGGGCGUACGCCUUCGUGCUGAGUAAAGCACCGGAGCUCGGUGACACCUUGUUUAUCGUCCUGCGUAAGCAGAAGCUGAUCUUCCUGCACUGGUACCACCACAUCACCGUGUUGCUCUACUCCUGGUACUCGUACAAAGACAUGGUGGCGGGCGGAGGCUGGUUCAUGACCAUGAACUACCUGGUUCACGCCGUCAUGUACUCAUACUACGCUCUGAAAGCGGCGGGAUUCAGGGUGUCACGCAAGUUCGCCAUGUUCAUCACGCUCACGCAGAUCACGCAGAUGCUGAUGGGCUGCGUGGUGAAUUAUCUGGUGUACCUGUGGAUGCAGCAGGGCCACGAGUGUCCAUCACACUUCCAGAACAUCCUCUGGUCCUCGCUCAUGUACCUCAGCUACUUCGUGCUCUUCUGCCAGUUCUUCUUCGAGGCUUACAUCACCAAAACCAAAUCCAAGAACAACGCCAAGAAGAUCCAGUAAAAAGAAGUACCAAAAGAUAGAUAAGAGGGGUUGAGGAAGAUGAAAAGAGGACCAAUGUGAGGGGUUUACAGAACCUAAGUUGAUCUGAGGUUGAUCUAUGCUUGUGCAUACUGUACUACUAACACAGAUACACCUCCCCUCCACUAGGGGGGGCUCUACUGAGCUGCACUGAAGAAUUACUAUUAUUAUUAUGAUGAUAACUGAAAAAAAACAAAAAAACAAGUGUCUUUACGUGAUGUUUAUGUGCCCAAUGCUAUUCCCUACAUUAUACUAAAAGUGUCUAAAUAUAAAUAUACAAAAAGGAGAUUAAUUUAAACGAGAUUAAGGGAGUGUGAGUUGAGGGAACAUUCUAGAUUUGUUGUCUAAAUUGUUCGUCUUUGAAGUUAAUGUUAAUAGCGUUAAUGUUCCGUUUUAGUUGUUUAUUUUUUAACGAAUUAGACGCUAGAGUGAACGUAGCAUAGUUUUGUACAAUAGACGCAUCAACGCCGCAGUGUGUCUGUGUGUGUUUGUAUGUGUUUCGUGUUCGGCAUCGCACCUCCAAAAUUCUCUCAGGUUGUCGCGGAGCGUUCCACUCGAUGUGCAUAUCAUUUAGGGACGAAAAGUCAAAAUCCUAAAAGAUAAAAGUUUAACGAGUUGAACUAAUUACGUAGACCUGACAUUUCAAUGCCAAUGAACAAACCCAAUGAAAUCAAAAUAAAAAACAAUAAAGAAAAUGAAGACAUUCUGGGUCUGAGUGCUCAUCCAUGCAGCCAUCUAGCAUUAUCCGAGCCCUUAUUGCCCUCUAGGGGCCAUGACGUAUUACUUCCUGUGGCUGAAGGUCAGUGUCCAUCAUGCUGUGUUCUGAAAAGUGAGUGCAGAAGAUGGCUGUGGACUCGAGUGUGUGUAAACCUGCACCAUGUCUGUGUUCACUGUAAUAAACCUGUUGUUGAAUGGUG